AACUGCGAAGGCGCGAGAGCAGCAGAAUCGACCCCAGAAGGUGACCAGGUAGGAACCAGAGAUGAAGAGGAGAAAGCCUCGAUCACUGCACGACGUCUCUCGAUACUGAGCCCGUGAUGCAGGGCCGAGAGUUUCGGAAGGCGCGCGGGGACCAGCGGCGGCGGAGGAAACGUCGACGAAGCAGAGGGAGACGAAGAAGAGAAAGAAACUGAUAAAGGGAACGAAUGUGUGGCGGAUAAAUAAGAACCGGACGAAGAGGAGACGAAUGGGUACGUGGACAGAGCGGAAAACGUCGCGGGGUCCGUUGUCUUCAGCGUGAGGAGCGCCGGAAAAACAUAGUGUUUGAAGAAGACAUAAUGGAACUGUAGACUCUUGAGAGUCGAGAAAAAAACAAUGACUCGGAACUCGGACGCUCGUUUGGGACCCCACAAUCCUGCCGUCUCUUCCACAUCGAGAAUGCUUUCGCGAAGAGAAGGACCCCGCGAAAAUGGCGGCCCCGUCUCCUUGUGUGGCGAACCACAGAGUGAAGGCUGGCGGAGAAGCGCGGCGGUGUGUGCUUCCUCGUUCUCGCCGGUCUCGGGCGUUUGCUGCGAAAGACACAGCUCUUCCUCCGCGUCCCCGUCCUUCCGCGGGACACAGGGAGACGGCGACAAAAACGCAGAAGAAAGGGGACAAGACAGAGAAGCGGUGCCGGGAGGAGACAGAGGAACGGAACAAGGAGAACAGCACAGGCGAGAGAGGCGAGUGGAACCCGAAGCAAACAAAGAAGCCGAAUGA